CAGAGAUGUACGCAUGCGCAAAUGAUCACAUGGCGUAAAGUCAAGUGGAGCAGAGCAAAUGCAACACAUAUUUAGAAAACACGCAGUUAACUGUAGAAAUCUCCACAGAUGUAACCCUUUAAACAUUGUAUAGAAGUCGGAAUGUCAUUAACAUGAUGGCGACUCCAACUAUUAGGAUGUUUCGGAGGUUAGAGGGUCUGUUUUGUGUAUACAAACCCCCAGGCGUCCACUGGAAACUCGUGCGGGACAGCAUCGAGACAAAUCUGCUGAAAGGUUUAAACGCUACACCGUCUCAGCCACUUCCUCAGGAGGUCCGCUUCUUGCCACAGCCAGGCAGUGAGACUGAAGCACCCAAGGGACUCACACUCAGUGUAGCCUCUGUGCCAGUACUGUCCAAGCAUCCCCUGGUGACUGGACCUGAAUUCCAACAAAUUAAAGUUGGAGUAGGACAUCGCCUGGAUGCACCCUCCUCUGGUGUCCUAGUUCUCGCUGUCGGGAAUGGAACCAGGGCCCUGAGUGAACUCUACAGAACACGAAUCACCAGGGAUUACACACUGGAAGGUGAAUUCGGGACUGCAACGGAUGAUUUCUCUCAUGCGGGCAGAGUUGUGGAAAGGUCCACCUAUGGUCACAUCACACAGGACAAGCUGGACAAGGUCUUGGCGAUGCUACAGGGAGCCAAUCAGAAGGCCUUGUUAAUGUAUUCCAACAUAGACAUGCGUUCACAGGAAGCUUAUGAGUUGGCUGCACAAGGUUUACUGGGUCCAGAGGGGAAAUCACAGCCUAUCUUGACAGGCUUGCGUUGCCUUCGCUUCCAGCCUCCCAACUUCACUUUAGAGGUGCAGUGUCUGAAUGAAACUCAGAAAUAUUUGCGCAAAGUCGUACAUGAGAUCGGACUCGAGCUGCGCAGCACGGCAGUGUGUAAAGGAGUCAGACGGACCAGAGACGGCCCCUUCACCCUGCAGGAUGCCCUGACACACCACCAGUGGACUGCUUCUGAUGUUACGCAAGCCAUCAGACAAUACCACUCCUCCAAAAAGAACAAAAGAUUUCCCUACACAAGGAUCAAGGACUCAGGAUCACAACCACCAGAGAAUACGACAGCCAGGCAACAAAACGAAACAAGCGACGAAGCAGUUGCAGCUGAAGGUAGAAUGAAGUAAGCCGUCGCUGAGUCACUCUGGUAGUUGAUCCCAUAUGUUUCGCAAAGAACUGAACUGCUCUACGCGACCACAAGUGCUGGUUUCCAAAGAUGAAUAUGUAAAAACGGACAAGGUUCACCACAAUAUGCUUUAUAUUCAGUAUGCAACUUUUUCUCCAUCUAUAAGAACAGCUGAUGUAUCUCACGUAUAUGGACCGAGUAUUGGCCUGCUUGGUUAUCAGGGCUGAAAAUUUAGAUUUUUUUCAGAUUAUUGGUGUCUGUGUUUUUUGUGUUUGCCAAUAAGAAUAAUUAAUUUAAAAAUGUGCUACUUUCGAUGGGAGAGUGGACGUGUAAAUGAGCAGAAAAUGGAAAUGCUCAAGUAAAGUAUCUCAAAAUUGUUCUCAAGAACUUUACUUGAGUAAAUCAUACUCAGUUAUAUUCCAUCACUGGCUAUUGUAAAAUUUGACAUCAAAAUUUUGACAUUUACUGCAUAAUUAUAUUGGUCCCAAAUAUCGGUUAUCAGUGUCCUUGAUAACUGCAUCAGUACCGGUCCUGAAAAAACCUUAUUGAUCAGUCCGUAACAUGAAUGUUCCAGCAUUUUAACCUUUGUUAAAUGUUGUGUAGGUAACAUUAACUUAUUCCCCAAAUGUUAAUAUGAAACUUUUUUUUAUCAUGAAAAUAAAUUCAAAAGAUGUUUAAGA